AUGCUUAUUGCGGUUCUGCUCAGCACAAGCUGUGCGACGCUGGAACAACCCUUAGGGCCGCGCCUGGCAAAAACUACAGACAGCGUGGACGAGGCCGUAGCUACCCUGAACGAAGGUGCUAAGGUGCCGCCGAAACCACGUGUGACUGCUGAGGUGGUGCCGAUAGGACUCGAAGAACUGCCGCUGGCAAUACGUGACGAUGAGCCCACGUUUGAUCUGCAGGUUGAAAAUGCUGACGUUGCAGAUUUCUUCCGCAGUCUUGUUGCAGGCACCCCCUACAAUCUUGUGUUGCACCCGGAAGUAACCGGUCUGGUUACGCUUUCUCUCAAGGAUGUAACGGUCAGUGGGGUGAUGCAGGUGAUGCGUGAUGUCUAUAACUAUGACUAUGUCUUGAAAAAUGAUGUCUAUCAGAUCUUUCCAGAUGUGCUGCGAACACAGAUCUAUCACGUUAACUAUUUGAACGUUGCGCGCAGCGGCCGUUCUGAGACUCAGGUCAGUGCGGGUAAGGUGAGUGAUAGCGGCAACAACAAUGGCAACAAUAACUCUGGAAACAGCGGCAACAACAAUAAUUCCGGUGGUAACAAUAACGGUAACAACGGGGGCGGCAGUCAGAAUGUUGUAGGGACCAUAGUGAACACCUCCGGCGAAGCUGAUCUGUGGAAAGAGUUAACGCUGACGUUAACCAAUAUUGCCUCCAUGGAUGAAGGCAGCAACGUCAUGGUCACCCCACAGGUAGGUCUGGUUGUUGUAAAAGCCAAGCCGCAUACGCUGCGGGCAAUUGAAGACUAUCUGCAGCGCGUUGAAAACGCUUUGUCACGACAGGUGGUGCUGGAAACCAAAAUCAUUGAAGUGACCCUUAAUGAGGGUUUUCAGGCAGGCAUCAACUGGAACACUUUUGGUGAAGAUUCUGGCGGAACCUUCGCCCCUGUUACUACGGUGCUGGAUGACGGAACGGUAGUGAGCACCCAGGGCAGCGAACGUUCGGUUGCGGGUGAAUUUAUUUCCGGUCAGAACAAUAUAUUUAAUCCGCUUGGUACAACCUUCUCUCUCAGUGCAGCGUUCAGCGACUUUGAAGCCACGCUGGAACUCUUAGCAACCCAAGGUAGUGUGCAGGUGCUGUCGAGCCCAAGAAUCGCGACGGUGAAUAAUCAGAAAGCGGUGAUAAAAGUAGGUAGUGAUGAGUUUUUUGUCACCGACAUUUCUUCCAACACGAUCACUGCCGGAAACUCGAUCAACAUUAAUGAUUCACCCGAAUUGACACCGUUUUUCUCCGGUAUUGCAUUAGAUGUCACCCCACAGAUCAGCGCUGACAACGAAGUGAUUCUGCAUGUGCAUCCAACGGUCAGUGAAGUCACCGAACAGCUGAAGUUUAUCGGCGGCCAGCUGGUGCCCCUGGCAUCCAGCACGAUCCGGGAAUCUGACAGUAUUGUGAAGGCGUCCAGCGGCCAGAUUGUAGUGAUUGGCGGCCUGAUGCAGAACAGCAGCCGUGACGUUAACGCCGGUGUGCGUGGUGGACCAAAAAUUCGGAUUGGUGAUCUGUUGGUCGCAAGUGGCGAUAUCAGUGAAGAGCAGCUGCGUGUUGCGUUGGCAGAACAGAAAGAUUCAGGCGUAAAAUUAGGCCGCAUUCUGGUUGAACAAGGUUUUGUUGAGGAAGAGCGGUUGCUCGGCUUUCUGUCUGAACAGCUGGGUGUGCCGUUUAUAGACCUGAAAGAUUUUGAGUACGAUGAAGCGCUGGUGGCGCUGCUGCCGGAAACGUAUGCGCGGCGUUAUCGAGCCAUUGUGUUGCGCGAGCAGGGUGAACAGCUGCUUGUCGGCAUGGCUGAUCCCAUUGAUAUUUUUGCUUUUGACGAACUGCAGCGCCAGCUCCAUCGUGCAAUGACGGUAGCAGUGGUGCGGGAAUCUGAGCUGUUAACCCUGCUGGACAGCGCUUAUCGACGCACCAGCGACAUUGUCAGUUUUGCCAGCGAACUGGAUGGUGAAUUAAGUGUUGAUGAAUUCAGCUUGUCCAACUUUGAUGCUGCGGAAGACGAUGAUUCACCAGUUGCGCGCCUGUUGCAGUCGAUUCUGGAAGACGCGGUUCAGGUCCGCGCAUCUGAUGUUCACAUUGAGCCAGAUGAAAACGUGCUGCGUCUCAGGCAGCGGGUAGACGGGGUUCUGCACGAACAGAUUCUGAAUGAGCGACGAAUUUCCGGAGCGCUGGUCAGCCGAUUGAAGCUGAUGGCCGGUUUAGAUAUUUCCGAAAAGCGGCUGCCACAGGAUGGUCGCAUUGAAAUCAAGUUGAAGAACAGGAACAUCGAUAUUCGUUUAAGCACGCUGCCGACAACUACCGGUGAGUCCGUUGUAAUGCGUCUGGCAGAUCACAGUAGCGGGCAAACCCGUCUUGAUCAGAUCGGUAUGCAGCCGGAGAUGCUGAAACGUUUUCAUUGGCUGAUCAAUCGACCUAAUGGUCUGGUGCUGGUUACCGGUCCAACCGGCAGUGGUAAAACAACAACACUUUACGGCGCACUGAAUGAACUCAACACGCCAGAGAAAAAGAUCAUCACUGUUGAAGAUCCUGUGGAAUACCAGCUGGAGCGCAUUAAUCAGGUUCAGGUUAUGGCAAAGAUCGGCUUUGAUUUUGCCCGUGUCCUGCGGUCUACGCUUCGACAGGAUCCGGAUAUCCUGCUGGUUGGUGAAAUUCGUGACGGUGAAACAGCAGACAUUGCUCUGCGCGCAGCGAUGACCGGACACCUGGUUCUUUCAACUUUGCAUACUAACGAUGCGAUUUCAUCGGCGCUGCGUCUGAUCGACAUAGGCAUAGAAGGCUACAUGGUAGCGGCGUCCGUGCGCGCAAUUGUUGCCCAACGCCUGGUGCGCAAACUCUGUGAUCGCUGCAGUGCGCCCUACCAGCCUGACAGUCAUGAACUGGCCUGGCUGCAGGCCGCUGCGCCAGGAUUGAGCGAAGACAACUAUACCUUUGCCAAAGGCAAAGGGUGUAAUCAAUGUAAUCGAACCGGUUAUUUUGGCCGGCUUGGCGUUUUUGAACUGCUGGAAAUUGAUGGGCCAAUGGCAGAUGCGCUGCGCGCAGAUGACACGGCAACCUUCAGCAGAUUAGCUGAAGCACAACCUAACUUUGCGCCUCUGGUGCAAUGUGCUUUGAAGUAUGCCGUACAGGGUGAAACUUCGCUUGCAGAGGUAAUGGCUCUGUCCGGGCAGGAAGAAGAGCUGUGGGAAGCGCAACACACGAAUCUGGAAGACAGCUUGCGUCAUGCACAUGAGUUACAUGCCAAGCCCUCGACCGAAAUUGGUGCGGUUGCUCAGGAUCUAAGCGCCGCCGGCAUGCUGCCAUUGAAGAUUGAGAGUGCAGAAGAGCCGGAUAACGCGCCUAAGAAAGUGAGUUGGCUCGGCCUGAGGCCUAGUGUAAAAAUCAACGAGCUGGUGGUGUUUUCGCUGCAGAUGGCCAGCUUAACAAAGGCUGGCAUAUCUAUAGUAAAGGCCGUAAGCACACUGGGUGAAUCGAGUAAGAACGAAUAUUUUGCCGAAGUGCUGGAAGACGUGGGGACCCAUCUUGAAUCCGGUAUGGACAUAGCUUCAAGCAUGGGACGUCACCCUCGUGUGUUUAAUGAUUUGUUUGUGGCGCUGAUUCACGUCGGAGAAAACACUGGUCGUCUCGAUUCUGCGUUUCGUCAAAUAGCCAGUUAUCUCGAAUUGGAGCGGGAGACCCGGCAGCGGAUACAGGCUGCAACAAGGUAUCCAAUGUUUGUCAUGGUGGCGAUAUCUAUCGCGAUUGUGAUUCUGAACAUUUUUGUGAUCCCGGCGUUUGCCAAUGUAUUUGCUAAAUACGGUGCGGACCUGCCCUGGCAGACUCAAGCGAUAUUGGCAGUCAGCGACUUCUUUGUGCGCUUCUGGCCGCUGCUUCUGCUUGCAGGUAUCGGCGCUAUAUGGGGUUGGUUAGCCUAUCUGAAGACACCUGCGGGAAGGUUACGCUGGCACGGCAUGAAAAUUCGUAUUCCUAUCCUGGGGAGUAUUUUUGAGCGCAUUUAUCUGUCUCGCUUCUGCCACGCUUUUGCGAUGGUAUCGCGCGCAGGUGUGCCGCUUAACCAGGGUUUGAAAAUUGUCGCCAAAGCGAUAGGCAGUGACUAUUUUGCCCAGCGCAUCGACGCCAUGCGCAACGGUAUUGAGCGGGGUGAGAGUAUUACUGCAACCGCUCAUCAGGCCAAACUGUUUUCACCCGUGGUGCUGCAGAUGAUGGCUGUCGGAGAAGAGACCGGCACCAUGGAUGAACUGCUUGAACAGGCGGCUUCCUUUUACGAGGAAGAGGUUUCGUACGCGUUGAAAGGCAUGACGGAUGCAUUGGAGCCGAUUCUCAUUAUCGGGAUUGCAGGUCUGGUGCUGAUUAUGGCGCUGGGCGUGUUGGGGGGCUUCACGACCGGUGUCGCGCUUUAUCACGCACAGUGGAUCGCUGAAGGUAACGUGCCAGCCGAUUCCGCAGACUGUGCAACGGUUUUCACCGGCUUGCUGCAAAGCGCGCCAACCGUUGGCAGUGCAGCCAGCCUCGCAGCCAUCGACGGCAGCGGUACAGACUAUACAGCGGUGCGUAACGGCGUCGACUGCGAGUAUUACUACACCGCGCAGAGCAAUGCCUCUGGUGAAACGGUUGCGUAUUUCACCUAUGAAUCUGACACAGGCUUUACCGUUGUAGAACUCGUCGUUGUUAUCAUUCUUCUAUCGAUUCUGAGCGCAACCGCGCUCAGUCGAUUUUCAAAACCGGACAUCUUUGCGGCCAGCGUGCUGGCGACGACCCUCACGGCACAGAUUCAUUUUUCCGCUCAGGCUGCUCAAACCCGCAGCACAGCUGUGAUCCUAAAUGUCACGCCUGUCGACGGUCGCCUGGAAAUGCUGGUGGCAAGCUCGUCCGGCACGUUGCGCGCGACGGAUGCUUCCUUGGAGAACAUCAAUUUCAGUCUGACGAACAGCGGCACACUCUACCCGGUUGCGAAUGGGAGCGUAUGGCAGAUGACCUUUGCAGGCAAAGGUGACCUUAUUGCGGCUUCUCUGGAUACAGAUGUUUUAGAUCCGGAAGCUGGCAUUACAGCUCAUUUCAGCGGCGAUACAGAUCAGCUUGUUAGCGGUGGUUUUACUCUGGUAGAGACGAUAGUGGCGAUGCUGAUCAUCAGUAUUGCUGCGCUGGCUAUGGCCAGCGCCCUUGGUUUUGCUUUUACGCGUUCUUCUGACGGUUUGCUGGAAGCGAAGGCGGUAUACAUCGCCCAGGGAUAUUUGGAGGAGAUCCAGUCUCGCCGUUACGAUGAAGUGACGCCCGUUGGCGGUACGCCACCCUGUCAGACUGUGACACCCUGCAGCGUUCUGGGGCCGGAUUCAGAGAGCCGUGAGAACUAUGAUGAUGUUGAUGACUAUGACGGCCUGCUGGAUACGCCGCCUCGAGAUUCGCUGAAUCAGAUCAUGCCAGAAUUCAGUGGUUUUUCGGUAGCGGUCGAUGUGGUUUACGCAGAUGCCGCGCAAAUAGCUGCCUGGAAUCUGGAUGCUGCUACGGAUGCGAAGAUCGUUUCGGUUACGGUCACAACCCCUGAUGGCCAAUCGCGCCCCUUUGUCAUGAUUCGGGGUAAUUACUGA